AACUUCUCUGUCAAAGUUUCUCUGUUUCACUAUUUUUAUGUCCCUGUUUUCUCCUUUCAUAUUCAUAAAUAAAGCACUUUUAUAAUUUUUUUAAUAGAAGUAUCUUAUUUUUAAAUAUUUUAUGUUUUUACUGUUUUACCUUUUUUGUAGUGUUCACAUAUUUUCACCGCUCCUUUUUCUUUUUACCCCAAACAUUUCCGUUUCUCAUAACGAGGGAGAAAGGGGGUGGUCCCCUAUUUAUCCCUCGGAGGGAUAUAUUUUUAAUUUCGAAAUUGGGGUUUUUUUUUUUUUUAAUUUUUGUGGUAGAUUGGUGCUGACGUGGAUGCACCUAAAAGGGCGCAAUAAUGAACACCAAAACGAUGCGUCUCCCGCCCCGUCGGGUUUCCAUGCCCAGCAACAACGUCAAGCGAAAAGAGAGAGACGAUUUUGACCUCCAACACUUACACCUUCCCCCUCCACCCGCAAAAUUACCCAAGCCGGCUGCUCCCUUAGCCGCUUCUCAGAAAGCCGCACGCCCGGUGUUCUCCAACCAACUCCUAGCUGGAUACCUGGCCUACGAGUUCCUCACUCGUGAAACACUGUUCGGCCAACCGUGGGACCCGGCCCAACUGCAACAACCAGCCACUGAUUCCAGGAGAGGAAUCAAAGAAGACGCCGAGCCAAGCGACAGAUCCAGAGCAGGCGACUUCGAGUCGAAGCCGAGGGAGGAUAAUCAUCAAAGGUACGUGGAAGUGGCGAGUUUGCUCAAGACUGAUGGAGCCCAUAUACCUGGCAUCGUCAACCCGACCCAGCUAGCUCGUUUCUUACAGAUGUGAGGGUUUUUGAUUCACACGUGGAGACAUCUCAUUGGGCGACGUUUUCCUUCUUUCGUGCAGUAUGUAGCCUUAGCUUUGCCCUACUGUUUCUUUUCCCCUUCUUUUUUGUACUUCCUAUGUUUUUGUUUUGGAUGACUGUAUGCCUUAGAGAUGCAUGCAGGCUCGCAUGUACAUUUGAUGUUAGCUUAUGAUCUGAAUAAUGCAAACUGGAAACAUACAAGAUGCUUUCUUUUA